UGGGCUGAACCCUAAGCUUAGGCAUUUUCCUCGGCCAUCUCGCUCACCCCCACCAGAAGCCCGUGUUGCGACGGCUCCUUCAUAAGCCGUUAUGGCGCCCUCGGCUGAAAAUCACAGUCGCUCACACAACCUCUUGCUCUUUCAGAAGCUACUGAACUUGAGGGAUGGCGCCAGUCCCCUGACUCUUGUGCUGGACAGUCUUGAGCAGGGUGCUGCGCCUGUCCUGCGGGAGUUCGUCUCCAGAGCCAAGGUAUGCGCCGCUAUUUUUACGCCUGACUAGAAAGACGUCUUGGAACACGACAACUAUAUCAUGCGAAGAAUUUGUUAGGAAUAUCACGGCAGGAGUUUGGUUUUAACGGACUU